AUGCACUCUCUCCUCUGCCUCCUUCGCCACAAAUGUGCUAUCGGCUAUGUUAGUGGCGGGCCUCUGGCCAAACAGCAACAGCAGCUCGGGGCUCCCACGGUCCCGGUGACCAGCCUCUUUGAUUUUUGCUUCGCAGAAAAUGGCGUCACAAGCUUUAGAAUGGGUAUCCCUCUGCCCGGGUCCUCGUUCAUUCAAAAGGUUGGCGAGGCAAAGUACGAGGCGUUCGUCAGCUGGGCGCUGGAGUAUAUCAACAACUUGAAUAUUCCUAUUAAGCGAGGCCCCCUGUUUGAGUUACGGAACGGUAAUGUAAAUUUUUCGCCGAUUGGACAAGGCGUAAGUUACGCUGAAAUGGAGGAAAUCCAGCGCUAUGAUAAGGCACAUGGAAUCCGAAAAACAAUGAUUGAGGCAUUGGAGACGCGAUUCUCGGACCUGGAAUUGAAGUAUGCAAUCGGUGGGCAAACUUGUUUCGAUGCUUUUCCCGUCGGGUGGGACAAGACCUAUUGUUUGAGGCAUGUAGAGGCCGAAAAAGAGAGGAGUGGGAUCGUUUAUAAUGAAAUUCAUUUCUUCGGGGACAAGGUUUAUGAAGGGGGAAACGAUUUUGAUCUUUAUAAGGACGCGAGGACGAUUGGACAUUUGGUAAUGGGCCCGGAGGAUACAAUGAGGCAGAUCAGGGAAUUGUUUGACCUAUAG